AUAAAAAUUAGAAGUAGAAAAUAGAAAUAAAAAUAAAAAAGAAGAAACAAAAGAGAAGAAGAAGAGAGACACUGUUAGCAGCGAUCGAGCUUAAACACAGAGAGAAAGCAAAGUUCAAUACAUAAAUCAGCAACAAAUAAAAAAAAAAAAAAAAAAAGAAGAAAAAAUAGUGAGAGACAUAGCCAUAAUCGAACUUUCGAAGAUUCGAAAGCAGCAAGUGAGGUUCGAGAUUUCUAUGCAAAUUCGUGAACUACGCUGAGUGAUCUCUUCGGGACUCAAAGUUCGUGUGGCGUUGGGAAUUUGGCGAAGCAAUGAGGGUUUUUAGAUUGGUGCAAGUGAUGUUGUAACGUUCGUUUCGACGCGAGCGUGGUGUUUCGGACCCUCGGGUUUGGUGCAUCAAACUUAGGGUUUUGAUUUGCCAUUCAAUUCGUUGAAUUGUGUUUGGUUUCGCGCUUGGGGUUAGUGUGUUUUGUUGCGGUUUGAUCCCUAGGGUUUUGGGGGUUCGAAAGUUGAGAUUUGGCUUUGCAUUGUUUGGUGUCUUGGGGUGUGAAAUUCGGGCAAAAGAGUAACCGAAUUUGGUUUCAAAAUUGUUGCUUUUUGUUGGGGGUAAAGAUGUUAGAAUGGUUUAGGCUGCAUCUGCUUGUGGUGUUUUGCAGGGGUUGUUGUAGUUGAUUUGAGUUUGAUGAUAUGGAAGAGGAGAAGUUUUGGGUUAUUUGGAAGCAGAAGUAACUGCAAUUUGGCUUGAAUUCAGGUUACGUGUGGGUGUGUUGUUUUCUGAUUUGUUGGGUUGUGUAUGAUUCUGUCUAUUGAGAAAUGCAACCCCAGCUGAGCUCGAGAAUUGAUUUGGUUGAAUUGAAAGCACAAAUUGUGAAGAGGAUUGGAGCAGAUAAGUCGAAGCAGUACUUUCAUUACUUAAACAGGUUUCUGAGUCAGAAGCUGAGAAAGAAUGAAUUUGAUAAGUUAUGUUGUCGGGUACUCGGGAGGGAGAAUCUUACAUUACACAAUCACUUUAUAAAGUCAAUUUUGAAGAAUGCGUGCCAAGCCAAGACACCACCGCCAAUCCAGCCGACGGGUCCUCCGAAAUCAGGAGCAUUUGUCAAUCAUGUAUCUCCUGGUGAAGAUGAUGGACAUGAGCAGAGUGUUGCUAACUCCCAAAAUCAAAAUGCUUCCAUUUGGUCCAAUGGAGUUUUGCCAGUGUCCCCACGUAAGUUAAGGUCUGGAGUGCGUGAUCGGAAGCUUAAAGAUAGACCAAGCCCUCUUGGACCAAAUGGGAAAGUUGAUUCUGUUGUUCAUCAAUCCACGGCUACUGAAGACAGUGGUAGUAAGGUUGAUAUUGAAAAUGGAACUCUUACACCGUGUGAUUAUCAGAGACCAAUCCAGCAUCUUCAAGCAGUUGCUGAACUACCUGAGAAUGGUAUGAGGGAUGUUAUUCAGAGACCAGAAAAACCAAGAAUACUUGGCAAAGGGCCAACUGAAAUAUCAGUUGUUGAGGAUGGGGAAGAGGUAGAGCAAUUAAACUGGCUAAGCUUUUCUAGAAGCCCCCUGAUAGCACCACUUGGGAUUCCUUACUGCCCUGCAAGUGUUGGUGGGGCCCGCAAAGCAUUGCCAGUGAAUAGCACUAGUGAUUUUGUUAGUUGUAGUGACAGUGGUAGGUUAUCUGAUACUGAUACAUUGAGAAGGCGCAUGGAGCAGAUUGCCACAAUACAGGGUCUUGGAGGUGUUUCUAUGGAAUGUGCAAAUGUGUUGAAUAAUGUCUUAGAUGUGUACUUGAAACGGCUGAUCAGGUCUUGUGUUGAUUUAGUAGGGGCUAGGUCUGCAAAUGAGCAGAGGAAGCUCCCUGUCUCGAAACAGCAGAGUCAGGGCAAGGUCAUUAAUGGCAUGUGGCCAAAUAAUCAUUUACAAGCACAGGGUGCUGGUGGGCUGGCAGAACCUGAGCCUGAACACAGACCACCGUUAUCAGUCUCUUUACAUGAUUUUAAAGUUGCUAUGGAGCUAAAUCCAAAGCAACUUGGGGAAGACUGGCCACUGCAGUUGGAGAAAAUUUCUAUGCGAUCAUUUGAAGAAUAACACCUCUUUGAUGAUUUUUUUUAAGGAAAAGGUUGAGUCUGUUUCAUCUGGUUCUGAUGGCUCUGAAAUUGUUGGUGGUAUUUGGUGCACUUAGCUCUGUUCUUAUUGCCAGGAUGAACCAGAUGGCCCCCAAAUGGAGAACUUCCAGUCCUUCCAGGAUCAAAUACUGUUUUUGAGCUUCAAAAUGUCUUAUCUCUGCUAUUUGCAGGGCUAGGAUCGAUCAGAUAUUUAUUAAUCUGCAAUCAAGGGUACCAUCAAAUGGGCCCAGGAUUGGUUGCACUGUUGUAUGUUUAGCAUUGGUGUUGGCUGUAUUUGCCAUUGCUAAAUCUCUCGAGGCUAUUGUUUGCUUUACAGCCAAUGAGAAACAAGACUCAGAAAGUUUUGCAGGGAUACUGUUAUGUAGCUGGGGUCAAGGAACUAUGACAUGUGUAGCUGAAGGGUUGCUCUGUAUGUAUUUUUAUAUAAUGAGGAUUGAUUGAAAUUCAAUAUUAAUAACACGUCGACAUCUAUUGAAAUUUCCUUC